AUGAGAUGGAUAAAUUUGUUCUCGUAAUUUAGAUUUGAGCAAAAAAAAAUGAUUACAUUCAAAAAAAAGAGUUGAGAGGAGACACUUAUGUGAGAACGUAACUACCGGAGCAUACACAUACACAUAUACUCCCUCCGUCCCGCUAAGAUUGUCCCAUUUUACCUUUUCGGGAAGUCCCACUAAGAUUGUCUCAUACCAUAUUUGGUAAAGAUUGUGUGGUUCUAAAUCAUUCUAACUUUAUUCUUACUUUAUCAAUUUAAUAUCAACCACACAAACCUACUUUUCUUAAUGAUCGUGCCACCUUUUCUCGUCCCAAUCUUAGUGGGACGGAGGUAGUAAUAUAAUUGGAUUGGAUGGAUAGGUUAUAAUUUGUGAGCGAAAAUGGAGGCAUCAGAUAGGAAAGAAGCAUCCAUUCCAUUUAAGUGGGAAAUCCAACCCGGGGUGCCCAGGAUGAAGGGUCUCCACGGAGCCGAUGAUGAUGAUCGGAGCAAUCGCCGCCGCCCAGAUUUACACGCUCCUAAGAUGCUCAGGCCUCCGCCGGGCGGGCGGCUUUUCUACAGGCCGAUCAGUGAGCCCCGCCGCUCCUUCAGAUCUCGUCCCGCCGUGGUGGAUUCGGGAGCGUGCUGCCCGUCCUCGUUGCUGACCAGCUGGAAGGGGGCCCCGCCGCCGGCGGAGUACUGCUCCGACGCUGAGACGACAUCGAGGCGGUCCGGUUCGACUUGGAAAUCGCUCUCCCAUUUCAGCGACUCGCCCCAGUAUUUCUCCUCAACCCACACGUCACCGCCUCGCCCCGUAAACGACGCUGAGUGGCCCACCUUUGCUUUGCUUUAGUUCCUAUGGGUCACCUUUUUCUUUCUUCCUGUCUAGUUUUAAUUUUGAUAGGUAUGUCUAUUUGUGUACAUAUAAUUAAUGACAACACUCCUUCCUUCUACUACUCGUCAGGUUUGUGUGGAGUUUUUUUUGUCCGUCUAUCCGAUUCAAAGACAAAAUAAUUUGCAUAAACAUGUUUACAAACUCCUCACAGACAUGGUGGACACACCAAUGGGAAUAAG